UAUCUUCUGUUAGCCUUUUUGUCAUGCGCGCAAAGAAGGUGGAUGAUAUCUAAAUAGUAAAUGUGAUUAGUGACCUACAUUCUGCAAUUUACAUAAUAGUGCUGGAGCUUAUGCACAAAACAAAUAAUCCUGUACCGCUAUCUCUCUCUCUCUGCUGUAAUCGUAUAGAAAAGUGAAUAAUUCAUCACAAUGCGAUUGCUUUGCUCACUUGUUAGUGACGUGAGCAACCUUAUUGACUCGACUCGAAUACGCGAAAAAUGGCAGAUGACGUUCUUACUCGGACGAUCCGAUGGAUAGCCAUGGAAGUUUCUUACGCUAAUACUUGAAUUUGAUUGGCUAGUAUGCGCGCAUAUAUGAUGUAGUGAGCGGGCAUGACUAGCAGCUGGCGACGCCUUUUUUCUUCUGCUCUUCCUUCUAUAAUCCUGCUUGACAUGCCACAAGCUACAACCGUAAACUACUACGAAGUUCUUGAAAUCCAUGAACAAUCUUCUUCAGAUGAGGUGCGAAAGGCAUAUCGUAAACUUGCCUUAAAGUUCCACCCAGACAAGAACAGUGCUCCUGGAGCAGCUGAAAAGUUUAAAGAGAUUAGCCAUGCCUAUGAAAUCUUGUCUGAUCCGGAACGAAGGGAGGUAUACGAUCGAGAAAGAAGAUACGGUGGUCACACGUCAUUUGAAGACAAUCAAUAUGAUCAUUUUGGCGGUUUCCACAAUUUGGCAUCGGAGGAGGCAGUCGACCGAGGAGCAGAGAUAUGUUUGGUGGUGGCAUGUUCGCUGAUCCCUUUUUCGGUGGCGAUGCCUUUGCCCAUCACGUCCAUCAUGAUCCUUUCAACGAUCCGUUUUUCGGUGGAGGAAGCUCGCGCGGCAUGCCUCCCAUGGGCGGACCUCCUCCAGCUCCCCCAACUUCGUUACUGGGUGGGAUGAAUCCACUUUUCUCGUCUUCAGCCAGCUUCAGCAGCAGCAGCAGCAGCUCCAGCAGCGGUGGCAUUGGUGGAGUGAGUCGAAGUGUAUCGCAAUCGACCAAAAUCGUCAAUGGUCAGGCGCAAACCGUUACAGUCACAAAAGUACAAGAUGCAACGGUAAGACUC